AUGGAGCCAUUAUACGAGGAAUACCUAGCAAAUCAUGGAACAAUAGUAAAACCGUAUUACUGGCUAAGCUUCUCUCUAGAUUGCUCUAAUUGUCCUUACCACAUUCGGACAGGUGAAGAAGCAAGAGCCCUAGAAUUUUAUCAGAUUUUUGGAUUCCCUCAUGGGCCAACAUAUCCUCAACCAAAACACCUCACGUUUUAUGAACUGAAAACUUCUUCAGGAAGCCUGGUGCAAAAGGGCCAUGCCAGCAGUUGCACAGGAAAUAAUACCCACCCAGAAUCAAUGCUAUUUGAGACAAAUGGCUAUUUUGACUCGGCCAUAUACAGUAAUAAUGGCAUCAGGCAUAUUAUUCUGUAUUCCAACAACUCCCCUUGUAAUGAAGCUGACCACUGCUGCAUCAGCAAAAUGUAUAAUUUCCUGAUAAGAUAUCCAGAUGUCACUCUUAGCAUUUACUUCUCUCAGCUCUAUCAUACUGAGACUGAAUUUCCUGCCUCAGCAUGGAACCGCGAAGCUCUCCGGAGCCUGGCCAGUCUAUGGCCGAAGGUCACUUUGAGCCCAAUAAGUGGUGGGAUCUGGCAUUCUCUCCUCAACAACUUUGUGAGCGGUGUCUCAGGAUCAGCUGUUUUCCAGCCCAUUUUAACUGGAAGAGCCCUGGCUGACAGGUACAAUGCAUAUGAAAUCAACGCCAUAACAGGAGUGAAACCUUAUUUCAUUGAUGUUCUUCCCCAGACAAAAGAGAAUCAGAACAUAACAGCUCAGGCAGCUUUAGAGAGCUCCUCUUUCAGUAAUGUCUUUCCUGGACAGUCUUUUCAAGUGACAAGUAGACAACCACAACCCAAUCUGACACCAGACCUCAGGGUUCCUGUCAUUUUUGUGCUGGUGCCUUUCAGAGACCUACCACCAAUCCACGUGGGUCAAAACCCAUAUAAACCCAGAAAUGUCGUAAGGCACUUAAACAUGCCUCAAAUGUCAUUCCAGGAAACCAAGGGCUUCAGAAGCCCUCCCACGGCAAUGCCAGUGGAGACAGUGGAAAUCACAGAACAGCUUGCAAGUAGCAAAGAGGCAGAUGAAAAGAAGAAAAAAAAGAAAUAGAAAAAAAAAAUCUACAUUCCUAUAACAUAA